AAGGUGAACCAAACUGGAGUCAAAAGGUGAGCCUGUAUGAUCUGCCAUACUGGUCGAAACUGAAAUUAGCAUACAACCUUGAUGUGAUGCACAUUGAGAAGAACAUAUGUGAGAAUAUACUUGGGGUUCUACUAGAGAGUGAUGGAAAGAAUAAGGAUACAGUAAGUGCAAGAGUGGAUCUGCAAAAACUUGGAAUAAGGACAGACCUGCAUAUGAAACCUGAUGGGAAGGGUGGAUUUACAAAGCCAAAAGCAGAGUAUAAUCUUAAGAGGGAAAAUAAGAAAAGAUUCUGCGAGUAAUGUGAAAUUCCCAGAUGGAUAUGCUAGUAAUUUAGCAAGAUGCGUGGAUCUUGAAUCAUGUAAAGUGCAUGGGUUGAAGACCCAUGACUGCCACAUACUUCUGCAACAAGUAAUGCCAGCUGCGCUAAGAGGACUUGUCAGAAAUGAUAUAUAUGAAGCCAUUGCUGAAUUGGGUAACUUUUUCAGGCAGUUGUGCUCAAAAACUCUUAGACUUGAUGUGCUUCAUCAGAUGAAGGAAGAUAUUCCUAUAAUUCUAUGCAAGCUUGAGAAAAUUUUUCCACCUGCCUUCUUUGAUGUAAUGGUCCAUUUAGCUGUUCACCUACCUGAAUAGGCAAUUCUGAGGGGGCCCGUGCAUUAUGGCUGAAUUUAUCCAGUAGAAAGAAGGCUUGGGUACCUAAAGGGAACUGUUCGUAAUAGAGCAAAGCCAGAAGGGUCGAUUGCAGAGGGCUAUAUCGUGGAUGAGUGCUUAACCUUUUGCUCCAGAUAUUUGAUUAAUAUUGAGACAAGGUUUAACAAGGAAGAUAGGAACAAGGAUGGGAAGCGGAGUGUUUCUUGUGAUGAAUUGGAAGUUUUUUCAGUUGCUGCAAAAGGUUUUGGGUCAUCCAAACUCCAUUGUUAUCCAACUGAGUACGACCAAAUGGUUUGGUAUGUGCUUACCAAUUGUCCUGAAGUAGAGGAGUACAUGGAGGUUUGUCGAGAAGAAAUACGAAGGAGAGGUGUCAUUAACAUUGAGCACACACUUAAGAAAGAAUUCCCUACAUGGUUCGAAAAGCAUGUAAGUUAUCUGUUUAUGUCUUUGUUAUGUCCAUCUUGCAUUUUUUUAUGUUAAUAACUGACCAUGUAACUACUGUGUGCGCAUCUUGUGACAGAUAUAUACUUUAGGAGAACAACAUGUUUUGGCGGAUUUGUACUCACUAGCAUGUGGGCCAAACCAGCGGACAGUGGUAUACUCUGCCUGCAAUGUGAAUGGUGUUCGGUAUCACACCUUUGAUCGUGAAAAGAAAAGAAAAACUCAAAAUUCAGGAAUCAUGGUGAAGGCAAUUGUCAAUAAUGUAGAGACUCAGUACUAUGGUGUUCUCAAAGAAGUUCUGGAGUUGCGGUACCCCAAAAACAAGCAUGGAGAAAGGUCGAUCUUUUUGUUUCGUGGUGAUUGGUUUGAUCUCCGUGGCAAGGCGACCGGCAUGAAAGAUGAUGGUUACUUCAAAAGUCUUAAUGUUAAGGCGCUUCGAUACAAGAAGGAUCCUUUCAUCUUGGCUUCUCAAGCAGAACAAGUGUUUUACAUGGAAGACACAAAAUAUGGGAAGGACUGGAAUGUGGUGCAGACUUUCAGUCAUAGACAUUUGUACGAUGUCCCUGAACUGGAGACAGGCGAGCUCAAUGCUACAAAUGCAUACCAGGAAGAAAUGCCCUCGACAACUUCCACUAUGAAGAAUAUUGAUAAGUUGUUGGACACUUAUAGCCGUGAUGAUGAAGAAGGCACACCUGUUCAUGCUAGUAUUGUUUACGAUCUUCUGAAGGAUGACAACAACUAUGAUGAAGAUAGUGCUACUGACGAUGAUGGACAGGAAGAUGGUGCAUUGAGUGAGAACGAGCAUUCAAGUGAUGAUGAGUAGAUCAUAUAAUGCCUAUUUGUAUUUUACCAAAGUUUAUAACUCUUUUAUGUUCAUGUUCACGCAAUACAGUACAGACCAUGGUUCGGAUUUGACACAUAUACGUGGCCAAUAAAUCUACUCUGUUCCACCCUACUGAAAUAUAUACUGUAGAAACUAGGAGGCGAUCGAUCAAGC